AUGGCUUCGAGCAAACGCCAAUCUGUUCUCCCCAGAGGCCAAGCGGGGCCAAAGGCUCCUGUGAACUUUUCGUCCUCUAUCACCAUCUCCGAUACCGCUAUCCUGGCUGGAAACCAUACCAUCAACGUCAGCUCCGAAUCUGUCAUUCACCCCCGUGCGCGCUUCGAUUCUACAAAGGGCAGGGUGACGGUCGGUCGGCGAUGUAUUAUACACGAGCGAACUCAGAUUGGUGUCGCCGAACCCAAUCAACCUUCUGCUUCUUUCGGCGUGCUCAUGGACGACUAUGUGACGAUCGAAGUGUCCGCAAUCAUCGAGUCUGGAGAAACAACCAUCGGUGAGGGCACUGUCGUGGGUAUUGGUGCCAGAAUAGGCAGAGGGGCAAAGAUUGGCAAGCACUGCACAAUCACAGCCAAGAGCAUCAUACAGCCUGGAGAGACGGUACCAGACAAUACGGUGGUUUACUCCAACGGCUCGAGACGAAUGGACAGACGCGAUAUUGCAGAGCUCAAAUUCAGAGCACAAACCCGCCAAAUCGAGAUUCUGAGACGUCUAAUACCCAGUAACCCGGCCAAAUUCAAGGAAUAA